CUCUCUCUCUCACGCGACACAAGACUAUUCCUCUUCUCGAUCUCUUCGACGCAACGCGACGGCAGCUAAGAAGAAGGAGACACGGAGGGGAGGAUAAAUGGCGAAUACACAGACUUACGACUUCCUGAUCUUCGUAGCAGACAUGAAGAAACCGUUAGAUCAAAAAUCGAUAAGAAUAAGGAGAAUUCCGAAGACGGCUGCGAGUCUUCGACGUGGACCUCCUGGAGCUGCAUCGUGUUGGCAGGCAGAGCUGGAGCUGGGGGACACGGGAUACGUAACGUCAUUGUAAUCUGCUAGUGGGGAGUUUCAGGAAGGUGUUUCAAACUUUCAAUAUAGUUUUACAGAAAAUCCGAUGCUAGAAAAUUUGAAAAUUUUUUUUGGCUUGGUUACGCAUAACAGCAUCGCGAUGAGAGAUUCAAUACCUGUCAUGCUAAGACUAUGUCAUUUGUUUGUGGCAGAGACCAUUCAAAAAAGUUCAAACCUGAAGAUAUGCAGAUACAAAUACAAGGGAAGAACUGUGUGGUCACUGGAGCUAACUCUGGUAUUGGUUAUGCAGCUGCAGAAGGUCUUGCUUCACGUGGAGCAACUGUUUACAUGGUGUGUCGGAACAAGGAAAGAGGACAAGAGGCUCUUUCUAAGAUUCAAAACUCUACAGGAAACCAGAAUGUCUACCUUGAAGUUUGUGAAUUGUCUUUCUUUCAAUGAUAUAAAGUCAUUUGCUUCGAGUUUUGCUUCCAAGGAUGUUCCGGUUCAUGUGCUGGUUAAUAAUGCUGGUUUGGUUGAGAACAAACGUACUACCACACCUGAAGGGUUUGAGUUCAAUUUUGCGGUGGAUGUACUUGGGACAUACACAAUGACAGAGCUGAUGCUUCCACUGUUGGAGAAAGCGUCACCUGACGCCAAGUCAUCACCGUCUCCUCUGGUGGAAUGUACACGUCGCCACUUACUACAGAUCUUCAGGAAAAUAAAAUAAGCAGGAACAGUUGAACAUAUUCUAGACGCAGGCAUCCUUGGUUACAGAGCUCCUGAGCUAGCAGCUUCGAGGAAACCGAUACCGUAGCAGAUGUUUAUGCCUUUGGUGUGAUACUUCUUGAGAUCUUAACGGGACGAUGCGCAGGAGAUGUGAUCACAGGUGAACAAGAAGGAGCGGAUUUAACUGAUUGGGUUAGAUUACGUGUUGCUGAAGGAAGGGGUGGGGAGUGCUUUGACUCGGUGUUGACACAUGAGAUGGGAAGUGAUUCGGUUACGGAGAAAGGGACGAAAGAAGUACUUGGGGUUGCUUUGAGGUGUAUAAGACCAGUUUCUGAGAGACCUGGUAUUAAGACCAUUUAUGAAGACUUAUCAUCUAUUUAAAAACAUUGUUCUCUCUCGUUCUGUUUUUGUUUUUUGUAGGUUGGAGUUGCAUGCUUUUUUUUUUGUUUCUGGAGAAGCAUGCUCUUCAUUUAAGGCUGUGUCUUGUGUGUUUCUUGUUUUUGACAUUUUCGGGAUGGGUUUCCAGAAAAAUAAAAUGAGUGUGUUUUCUUAUAUCAUUAUAAAACACAUAUGUUAU